CCACCAUUCCAUUCUCAUAAUUUGGUUUCAGUUUUUCCCGUUGUCCUCUCAAAUUCAUGAAGCGCCACGCUUACGAAGUGGACGAAGACAAAGAAGAGAUGAAGCGAGCGGAGGAGACCGCCAAGUGUUUGCUGUUAUUCUCCCACGCCUUCGCCGCCGCCAACAGCAGCGGUGCCAUCGGCGCCGCCGCCCUUCCGUUGGUGGCGCAGCAGCAGCUGCGGGACUACGAGUGCAAGACCUGCAAUCGCCGCUUCCCCUCGUUCCAGGCACUGGGCGGCCACCGGGCGAGCCACAAGCGCCUGAGGUUCGCUGACGAGGAGGGCGACGACGAACAGGCGCAGAAGCAGAAGGGGAAGCCCAGGGGCCACGAGUGCGCCAUCUGCGGGUUGGAGUUCUCCAUCGGCCAGGCGCUCGGCGGCCACAUGCGCCGCCAUAGGAACGCCCACGAGCUUGUUCUCCACGCGCAGACUUCGAAGAAGGCGGAUGACCACGGCAAGAAGGUCCCCCUUUUGGACCUCAACCUGCCUCCGGUAGAUGAUUUCUCGGCCUGUGCUUGUGGUUGAAGGUUUGAAACCCAUUUUUGGGUUUGGAUUGCUCUUCCUUAGCUUGUUUAGAGACCAAAACACUUUAGAAUCAGCUACCCUUUUUCUUUCUGUUGAUUCUGUAUAUCUCACUCAUGUAAAAGCAUUUUUGGUGCUUUAAUUUCUUUGGUUAGUUGCACCCUUGUACGUCAAUUGCUUACUGCAUAUUUCUUUUUUGUAAAAGUCUGCAGAGGGAUUGUACACAAAGAACGUUUGAUUAUAAUUGGUGUUCUUUUCUUAA